UGUGUGUGCGCGUGUGUGUGUGCAGACCCUCCCUCUCCUGAAUAAGGUUUAAUUCAGAUUUCAGGGCACACACAGAGUAGCAGCAUCACCAGAAAGCAGUGUGUGAGUCAAUUCCACACACACACACACACACACACACACACACACACACUCACACACACACACACACACACACACACAUACAGAGAACAAGCUGAAAUGAUGCCGGUGUGAGUGUCAUGGAGGAGAAAGACAGGAGGAAGAACAUGGACAAGUCUCUGAUGCAGCGUCUGCUCAGCUCAAAGAAAAGUGCAAGAAUCCACCCGACUGCGGUGAUGCUAAAAUACGGCUCCCAUUUACCCCGACAUGGAGAUGAGAGCUACGACGAUGCUCCGUCCUUUGAGGAUUUUGGUGCCUUUCUAGCGGAGACGUCUGACAGCAAAUCACACAGAACUGUGUUUAACCUUCAGUCUGAAUCGAGAUCGAGAGUGUCUAAAGGGGUCAGAGGUCAGCUGCAAAGCUUCAGUGAGGCCAGCGUGUUCUCGUCACGUGUGAUGUGGGCAGUGCUCUUUGGUGCAGCACUGGCUCAUGGAUGUGUCUCGCUCCUGACACGUUUAGCUGCAGAUUUAUCCCACAUCCCGUCUCUGGAGCUUCUCUUUGUCCGCUCUGUCCUCCAGGUUCUGUCCAUCGCUGUCGUUCUUUACCACAAGGAGGCGCCUUUUGGGCCGCGAGGCUGCAGGCUGCAUCUAUUCUCCUAUGGAAUAUUUAAUGUCAUCUCCAUCUCCUGUGCAUACACGUCCUUCGCACUAGUUCCUCCUGCUAACGGCGCUAUCGUGUGGAGAGCGAGCGCGACAGUGUUCAGUGCCAUCUUGUCCUUCCUGCUCGUUGAAGAGCGACUUGGUGUGACGGACAUUAUCUCUGUCUCCUGCGGUGUCUUUGGGCUCGGCUUCAUCCUGAUCCCCAACCUCGCUAGUGAGGAAAAUCCACUUGGGUUCUGGAAGGAGGCAUUUGGUUACGUCCUGAUGGUUUUGGCAGGACUGAUGGCGGCACUCUCCAUGAUUUUAUACAGGUGUGUGAAGCAGCAGGUGAGCGUGUGGACAGCACUGUUUACUUUUGGAUGGAUGGGUUCUCUCUGGUCCUGCUGCUCCAUGUUCCUCCUGCAGGAACCCGUCAUUCCACGUGAUGCAGAGACCUGGAUCUUCCUCAUAUCCAUCUGCUUCUGCUCCACCAUCUCCUUCCUGGGGGUUUAUUACGGCCUGCAGCGCCUCCACCCUGCGCUAGUCAGCACGGUGCAGCACCUGGAGCUCGUGGUGGCGAUGGUUCUGCAGCUGGUCGUGUUGCACAUGCUCCCAUCCGUCUGUGACAUCAUCGGCGCCACCGUCAUCGUCGCCAGCGUCCUAGCGCUGGGCCUCGUCAAAGUCCUCUGUGGUGGAAAGCGUGAGAUGGAGGAAUAUAAAGAAAUCCUGGACUCAUCCAUAAAAUAAGACUGAGGACUGUGCAUGAGAGGAGAAACGAUUUAUGAUUUAUACUUCGUCUUGUGUAAAAUUAGAACAUUAAUUAUCCUCAUAAAACAACCAUUUUGUAUUAUUAUUCAAUUGAGUUCAUGGAUAAACUGUUGUGUAUAAUGUACAAAAUAUACAAAAGAAGAAUUCUAGUAUUAAAAGCAUCCAAAAUAAUCUAAAUAAAAUCUGAGCAGGAAUCAUUUGUAAACUAUAAAUAUUAAUGAGGGGGUUCAAUUCCCACCUCCGCCUUGUGUGUGUGGAGUUUGCAUGUUCUCCCCGUGCAUCGGGGGUUUCCUCCGGGUACUCCGGUUUC